AUCGUAAAGCGCCAUAACACGCCAUUCGCUCCUUUACAAACACGACAGCAAGUGAAGGGAGUAUCCAUCAACCACCACAUUAACUUCCACAUAUAAUCAUAAGCAUCCGCAAGUGAUUAAAUGAUGAAGUGAUAAUACUACCCGACAAGCUUUGAUCAAGAUAAAUGUAACAACACGCGGAACAACUUCACUGAAUAAAUGGUUGUAAAAAGAGGGCAAGGAAAUGCAUUCCACCGUGUGUAUUAUGAUUAAAUAAAUUGACAUCUCUUCCAAUCAUAGAAGAAGUUUGAUAGAAUUGCUAACCUAAAUACUAUAAACCUCAGCAACUGCCUCCAGAAAGAGGCAUUCUGGCCAAGUCAGAUUUGUAGGUUUUUAAUUGCCACUAAACGAAUCAAUUCCUUCUUCCUUCCAUGAUUAAUAUCGUCUUGAGCUUUACCAUUCGUGUUUCCUUCCGGUUCAUCUGUUCCGGUCGCAAUCGAAACGAAAGCCCACCGAUAGAACGAAUGUAGCUAAAUUUAAAACCUAACGGACCUAUUUUUCUUCUCGAUAUAUUCCCAGCAAUUUGGUCGGUUUUUAGUGCAGAGGGUCGUGUGAGGCUAUGCAGGCAGCUUCCUUUUGCUGACACAUAAAUUGCGUAAAUACUGUCAUUAAGACCCCUUUUGAGCAUUCUUUUCUAUAUCGAUUCCAUACCAUGAAGGGUAACAAGCAGGAUAGUUGCACGAACCUGAUAAUUAUAGCAAUGGUCACAAAUGAUUAACGUGCCUAACCAUCUGUUGUUGUAUAGAAAUUUCGUCUGCAUCUUUACUAAAAUAAAAAUACCAUGUGGGAAUAUUUAAACAUUUUCAAACAAGCUUCAAUAUACUAAGAAACAAUGCUUAUAUAACAUUCUGCACCGUAAAUGCUAGAAUCCUAUGGAAUAGUUCACCGAUGACUCAAUUCUUGUUCAGGAAAUUAAAAGGGAAUCACAGCUGAUUCAGUUUUGUUGAUCAGUGUGCUGUGCUUUAUCGACAGACCUAUUUUAUUACGGCCGUAUUAUCACCCUUGCGGAUGUAUACGUCUUGAUCGUCUACAACAUGUUUUGUUGUAAACAAGCGCCCAUAAAUCCGAAUAUGGAGUAGACCACACACUUAAAGCUGGCGUGGCGUCAUGCAAAGAACGCUUCUAGCUUUGCAUCAUCUCAAAGUCAUUCUGAUAAAAUGUUAAAAAUAAUAGCCACUGGACGUCGCCAGCAUUUGCCACUGACGGAUCGACUGGCUGGAACAGUACUGCUUUGAUAAGGCUACCGAGCAGUUGAGAUCGCGGAUCUCACCAUGGCGUUCAAGCGUUUGUUUCGGUUGGUUGGAGUAUUGUACAUUUGUUCGGGGGCUUUCGGUGUUGGAGCCCAAAUUAGUCCCUCCUGUGGCGACUACGUGAGGGACUACUCUGCAAAGGCUUCUACCCAAUACACGACUGGUUACGUUAACUGUGGAGGAUGGAAUCGACGACAAGUUUCAUAUCAAUGCCCUAAAACUACUUGUAGUCUGGAUUACACAUUAUCUUACAAAUCGGUUUGCUGCCCCGGUUACUGCACCACUUCAGAUGGGUUAUGUGUACCGACCUGCAAAUCGCGCUGCGAAAAUGGUUACUGUGCAGAGCUGGACAAGUGCAAAUGCUUGGACGGAUACACGAUGGUCAGUGGUGUUUGUAAGCCCGUCUGCACCCACUGCCAGAAUGGAACCUGCGUUGCACCGAACCAGUGCAUUUGCAACAAGGGCUUUGAGCGCAGCAAUGGCGGUGCUUGCGUUCCAAAGUGCACCGGCAUCUGUCUGAAUGGGAUCUGUACCGCCGGUUGGGAGUGUGUCUGUGCGGAAGGGUAUUUCAAAAGUACGGCAAUCGAGAACUUUGACGGAUUAGUCAAUGCAACACUGUGCGUACCGAGCUGUGAUAAGCCUUGUCAAAACGGACAGUGCGUUGGGCGCAAUCGAUGUCAAUGUCGCGAGGGAUUUCAGCCUUCAGCCGAUCAGUUUCAAUGUGAACCGAUCUGUACAAACAAUUGUACCAAUGGCGUGUGCGCGGCACCGAAUAUCUGCCAAUGCAAUGAAGGCUAUCGGUACGAAGUCGAUCGAUGUGUACCAGUGUGCGAUCCACCAUGUCGCAAUGGGGCCUGUGUACAGCCAGGCGUGUGUGCCUGCCACGAAGGAUACAAUAUACGGGCAGGAUCUAGUUACAAAUGUGAUCCAGUCUGUAAUACCCCAUGUAAAAAUGGUUGGUGCUAUAGCCCGAAUAAGUGUGCCUGUAAUGAUGGUUAUGUUCAAUCUCCUCUUGACUACAACAAAUGUGACCCAGUCUGUGAGGCGAAAUACAUAAAUGAACAGAAUGGUAUCUGCGUUGCACCGAAUGUGAUACAAUGUAACGAACACUAUCAGCUAACGCGACUCUACCAAAGCAGCGUUAUGGGAUGUGAACGGAUCUGCAAUCCCGAAUGUGUCAAUGCACGCUGUGUGGAGGAGAAUCGCUGUGAAUGUCUUGAAGGAUACGUAGCACGGCAGGAUCUGCCUAACAUCUGUAUGCCGGUUUGUGAUCCACCCUGUGAGAAGGCCCAAUGCAUCGCCCCGAACGUGUGUGAAUGUCACACGGGGCAUGAAAAGAACGAAACACAUCUUUGCGUUCCGGCCUGCGAUCCGGCAGUGGUGGACUGUACUAAUGGUCGAUGUACAGCGGUGAAUGUUUGCCACUGCAAUGAAGGAUACGCGCUGGAGAUUGACGAGGUGGAUAGGGUCGGGCGAUGCGUUCCUGUGUGUGAUCCACCGUGCAGUUUUGGAACAUGUACCAAACCUAACGAAUGUGAAUGUUGGGAGGGAUACAGUAACUCUCCGACUGCAUCUUCGUUCUGUGAACCUGUUUGUGAGGAUGGUUGUGAGAAUGGAACCUGUGUGGCACCUGCAACAUGCAAGUGUCUUGAGGGAUAUGUGGCUGCUAAUGCGAGCGUUUGCAGUCCGCACUGUGAUCCAGCGAUAGUCGACUGCGAAACUGGAGGAAGUUGUAUCGGGCCCAACGUAUGUGAAUGCUUUGAAGGAUACGAAUUGCAAAGUACUGUUCUGCCUGAUCGAUGCGUGCCACAGUGUUUCGAUCUCCCAGAAUAUGCCGAAUGUACCUCUCCGAAUGAGUCACGCUGUUUGACGGGAUAUGAGGCAGUUUUUGAGGAAGAUCUGCUCAAGGAAUGUAUUCCUGUCUGUGAACAAGAGUGUGAAAAUGGGACCUGUACCAGCCCUAAUGAGUGCAGUUGCUUUGAAGGAUAUACAGCGGGAUAUAAUGAAACAUGUAGUUCCAUCUGCGAAAAAGACUGUGAAGGAAAUAGUGGAGUCUGUGUCGAGAACCUGUGCCAAUGCUUCGACGGCUACAGUAAUCUGGUCAAUGCAUACACUUGCUCACCUUUCUGUGCAAGCUGUGAGCAUGGUGAGUGCCUAAUGCCAGACGAGUGCUCUUGCUUCGAGGGUUAUGAGAUGAACAAUCGGACAGAUAGAUGUGAACCUGUCUGCAGUAAUUGCACGGAGGAAAUGUACUGCAAAUCACCUGACGUAUGUGCAUGUUACGGUGACCAGACACUGACAGUGGACGACCAGGACAAUAUGCGUUGCGUUUCGCCUGAAAAGUCCAUUUUGCAGCCUGAUGAUAGCUUGGUAAUGUGGGCCAUAAUAGGAACGAUUGGUGGACUUGCGACACUAUUCGGUAUUGCAUACGUCAUGUACAAAAGAUCGACCGGUAGCUUCAACACAGUAGUAAGAAUGAGUGAAAUCAAAUCUUUAGAUUGAUAGAUUGGUUAAGAUUGUCCAAUAAGUAGUCUAUUUUGGUAUCUUGCUGUCUAUUUCACGUAGUCUUCAUUGUCUUUCUUAACUGUGUAAAACUUUUUUUUUACAUUGCUAGAUAUUUAAGCCCUUUAAUGUUCUCGUCUCUUGUUCAUGUGUGGGUGGUGAGAUAAAAAAUCAAAAGCACUUGAAAACAUACUCCUGAGUAGUUUGCUCUGAUUGCAAAGCAAUUCUAACGCCGCAUAAUUUCGCGUCGAGACAGCAGCGGCAGCAGUCGGCAAAAAGUCAAUGAAUAAAUGUUAUUUAUGGCCUGUCACGAUAUAUGACUUUCGUAGCAACCACCGAACGAUACACACCCAAACUCAGGCGGGACAGAGCGAGAGACGAAUGCCCGCGACACCAUGAGUUAUAUGAUAACACCAAGGCAACCAUUUCAGUACUGUGGAACUAGACUGGGACGACGAUGCCGAUGGUUCCUAGACCACCGUGUUGGGCCAGUUUCCGUGCAGCAAUACCCCUUUUUUUGGUGGAUACCAGGGAGGAAAAAAGCCCAUAAAAAACUAGUGAAUACCACAAAACUCGCUGUAAAUUAUUGCUCAAUAAUAAAUAUUUUUCUACGAA